UAUCUAAUCCUGUCGGUCUUAUGCGCUUCGAGUUUUCAUCGACACAAAGUGACGAAGAUUGAAUAGAGGGUAUGGUCAGAAAGUGAUAAGCAGUUUGUUGUUAAUAGAUUAUCGUUAUAAUGAAUGAUUUGGAAAGACCUGCUAUGGAGAUAGAAUCAUCUGACAAAGCCAAAGUAGGCAAGUUAAAGAGACGUUCGGCUUCUUCUUCCAACAAUGAUUCUGAGAACAGAAAAAGGCGAAAUAUAUGUAGUAAGGAUAAAAGAAAAAAGUCAAAACGUAGAAGUAGUUCCAAUAGUUCUAGUUCUUCUAAUAUUUCAAACUCAGAAAGAAAUACAUAUAAAGCAAAGAGGAAUAGAGAUGAGGAUAUAAAAUACAAAACUAAAAAGUAUGAAACUAAAAAGUUUCAAAGAAACAGUGGAAACUAUAGCAACAAUUACAGAUUUUACAAUCGGAGGCACGGUAACUUUUUGAAUAAUGAAAGAGAUUUUGGUUAUUCACGACCUUAUAGACACUAUAAUUAUUAUAAUAGAAAUAGAAGAGAUGCAUAUAACAAUUAUCAUUAUAGUAGAUAUAGCAGAUCAUUUGAAAGAACGUUUAAUCAUAACAGAUCAAGGAUACCAAAUUAUAGAAAUACUGGCUACAAUACAACUAGUCAGCUGUUACGAGAGAGUAGUUCAAAAGAACAAACAAAUCGACCAAGAUCUGUUUCUAAGAUAGAAAAAUCUGAUUCAAUAAAAGAUGACACAGAAAUAGUUGAACACAUAGAACAGAAAGAGAAGAAAAAGAUAGAAAAUAUACAAAAUAUAACUCAGCUAAGUCACAAGAAAUCAAAGAGAAAAAGAUUUUCAUCUACUUCUAGUUCUUCUAGCAGUAGCAGUAGUGACAGUAGCUAUAGCAGUUCCAGCAGCAGCGUCAACAACAGCAGCAGCAGCAGUAGUGAUACUAACAGUAGUAGUAGUAAUAGUGACAGCAGUAUUGAUAGCUCAGAGGACGAAAAGAAGCAGAAAAAAGCUAAAAAGAAAGCUAAAAAAUUGAAGAAAGCUAUAAAGAAGCAGAAGAAGAAAAAACGAAUGAAGAAGAAAAUGAAGAAAAAGUUUAAGAAAUCUGCAACUAAAAAAAAAGGACAUAGUAAGAAGUCUAAAGGAAAUAAAGAAGUUCAAGAUAGGAAGGAAAAAGUGAAGGAAAUUGUAUCGAAUGUAAUAGAAAGAGGAAAAGCUAUGGCACCCAUGACAAAAGAAGAAUGGGAAAAAAGGCAGAGCAUUGUGCACAGAAUGUAUGAUGAAGAAACUGGAAGACAUAGAUUAAUCAAAGGCGAUGGAGAAGUCUUGGAAGAGAUAGUGAGUCGAGAACGUCACAGAGAAAUUAAUAAACAAGCAACUAAAGGAGACGGCAAAUACUUCCAAACA